AGAGUGAGAAGGUGUGCUUCUCUCUUCGUCCUCCUUGCAGACUCAAUCAGCUCUCAGGUGAUUUUGUUGCCAUGGGUAACAGCAACAGAAUUCCUCCGCCACUCUGCAAAGUCACGCCGAUGUCUACAUUUAUGUAAAUGUUUUAUUUUUUAAAUACAGCUUUGAUAUGAGCCCAUUAGAGGGGAAAAUGGUCUUCAUGGCAAAAAGCAUCAAACAAGUCCAGUUCAAACUGAUUAAUUCAAAGUUUUAACUUUGUGGAGUUUGAGUAAAGUCUUAAAGCUACAGGAGUUCCUCUGAGAGAUGCAACAGCUUCUGCUGGGGAUUCUGGUCAGGGUUAAGUGUUAUUACCCUCUGCUGUGAAAGCUGGGAUGGCUAAUAUAGCUUUAAUUACUUUUUAUUUUAUUUCAAUUUUUAUUGAUUUUACUAAACUAAACUUUUCCAUCGGCAUGCUAGACUUAUCCUUUACAUGUUUGUCAGUUUAUCUGCAGAUGUGAAACUCAGAAGUGGCCAGUACUAAGAUCAUUGUGGUUGGGUUAACAUCUUAUUUGUUCAAUGUUCAGUUUCAAAUUGAUCAAUUUCUAUGUGUAUUGUAUUUAAUGUCUUAGGUUUUAGUACAUACACAGUUUCUAAUUUAUGCACUUCAUGGGAAGCUUUAUGUGCAAUUUAUGCUUCACUUGGAAGCACAUAUGUUUUUUCCCCUCUGUAACAAAGACAACAUGACGUUUAAGUUGAACAUUUAAACCUCAUUGUCUGGCCGAUCACAACAGAUUCUGCAGACACAGCUGUUGUCUGACAGCAGCAGCACUCGUGAAGACUUUAUGAAAUUAGUGGGUCUGAAUAUGUUUAGAUGUUGGCACAUGUAUGGUAUUUAUACAGGAUGUGGAAUAAAAAUGUGAGUGCGUGUUUCUGCUUUGCCUGUUGGCACUCAGGUGGUCCAAAUCAUAUUUAACUUUAUAUUUAUGUUUGCAUUGUGAAGGGAGAGCAAUGUGGUGAACGCUUAGUGACUGAGGCGAGAGAUGCAGUCAUGUCAUGUUGGAUAUAUUUAGGCGGAUCCCUCAGGGAGGCUCAGUAAUAGCACUGGCCAUAUUGUGCCAUUUCUUCAGCAUUUCAAAUAACAUCGGGAAUAAAAUACUCCUGUUUUACCCAUUAUUUUCCAUUUUAAUUCAGUUAAACAUUUUGUGAGAGAGAAAUUGCUUUGGAGACUACAGUUACAAAAAUAAUACACAAAACAUGUUCCAGGUAUAUGGCAUGGUUUACCUAUUUUAACCAUCUUCGCCACUGUGCUCCUCGCAUGCAAUACUCAUAGUAGUGUUUCUAUUCUAUUCUAAUUUGCAGGAAACAAGAACGCAUUUGUGGUCAUUCGGAAACGGCAUAUUCCUUGAUCAGGGAAGCAGCUGCCUGUUCUCCAUCUAUUUUUUGCAAUUCUGACCUUUAUAGUAAUACAGAGAUUUGUGUAUUGCUUCAUUCAUUAUAAGCUAUGAUCUUAAGGUCCGAAAAAAAGAAGAUAUUCAGCAUUAUAUAACACCAGCAUUUCUCUCUCUGUGACAGCGGAGAGGUGAGGCUAUUGUUCUACAUAAACACAACUAAAGGAUGGAUUAGUUCCACUCACUGAUCUCUUGUACUAUUGAUGUUCCUGUGUUCACUGUCUUGAUGGUAAUCCAUGAUUCACUCAUGUGUUGGAUCAUUACUUCUUGAAGGACAUACACUCUCCCUGAGAUGCACUGUACGCACGUCAAGCGGGCCUGUUUAGAUGUCAGCCUUUGUACGGAAUGUUUCUGUUAGAGUGAAAAAGUGAUAACCACAAAACUGAGUUCUCCGUACUACUACUCAUUCCUAAGAUUAGAAGUGAGAGAACCAAGGCUGUGAUGAUGUGGCUGUAAAACAAAUAGCUUAGUGGUGGCAGUUAAUAAACUGCUGUGAAUAAAAAUGAAUCCCGUCACCACGCUGUAAGUGCAGUUAGGCAACAGAAAAUCUGUGGUAUCUGUGGUAAUGAUGUGCAGAGUCGGUAGACCUGUGUGCGUCUGUGUCUGUUCACAUGUGCUUGUGUGCUGGAGUGUGAGCCAUGUGUUGAUAUGCUGAUACAGGCGGUUCCUGUGACACAUUCCUGCCCAGCUUGGCUCAGAUCAGGCAAGCUGAUAAUUUUAGCAGCGCUUAUGUCAGUCAGUCCCGCUGUGUGUGGACAGCCAAGAGUAGGUACCACUCUUCCACAUUAGUCAUCCACUACAUCACCCUUGCCAGAGGGACUAUACAUGAUGAAUGUGUGUGUUGCAACAUGCUAGUCAGCAGACAGGCCUCUCUGUUUUUCUGCCCUGCCAUCAUAGCAGCAAGCUGGUGUUUCAAGCAGACUGACUACAAGACGAGCAGCGCUGAAUUAGGCAUCACAAAUGUGUGGUCAGUAUGUGAUUAUGUUUUUAUAGAAGCAGCACUUCAAUAAAAUUCAAUCCAACACAAUACAGUACUGCAAAAACACUUCCUUUGUGGUCAUCUUAAACCCUUGUUCGACUGGAUUGCAUUAUAUUGGAAGGCGUUUCUGUUAUUUUGUCCACCAGGAGUGUGGUUAGGCCACAUUCUUAGUUUUCCUGGUUCAUGUGCAGAGGUUGACAAACGUGCAAAUCCUAAAUCCUCUGACCUAUCGGCAUGACGAAAAAAUUUAGUAAAUACAUUUCCACCCGGUUAGGAAAGCCAUAAUAUCAAAGCCAUAAUAAACAUUUAUUAUUCAAUGACAGGGUUUUGACAUGAUGUCCGUUCACAAUGUGAUCGGUGUUCUGGAUAUUUGGCUCUUACAUAAACCACAUUUUUGACCUCUUUUUUUCCCCGAUGAUGACAAACGUCUAAACUUCCCACACACCUGGAUAAAUAAACACUCGCACAAAAACAUGGAAGGUCUGUUAAACUACUUGUCACAUCAUUGUGGUCCGGAUUCUGUUUUGCAUUGUGACAUGGACCGAGCUGUUUAUGUUCAUAUAUGUUUAGCUCAGGGCGUCUAUUCCCUCAGUUAUUUAAAGAAUCAAAUUAUUUCAGGAUCAGCUCCUCUACCCUGUGGCACAUGCUCCUAUUUCACUGAAAUAUUUCUCUCUGCUUGGAGAGCGUUGGCUAAGAUAAGAAAGAUGGUGAAGAAAUUUGACAUUGAGACAUUUGAAUAUACACAAAAUGUGGAUUAUAAGGUGUUUAUUUCUUAUGCUUAUACUGUUUAUUUUACAGGUUUAUAUAUACUAUAUAUAUUCUGUUGAUUUUCAUUGUAAAACACAUGCAAGAACUAGAAAGUUCUCCGCCAGGUGUGCCUGCAACGACCACUGCUGUAUAGUGUGAUUUAAUUAAAUUCUGAAUUAAACUCACAAUUGUCAAACACCCCCAUCUAGACACCAAGACAAGAACCAAAAAAGCGACAAUUUAUCCAUGUAAAUCAGUCUUCGUAUUCCUCAGAUGUUGUGUCAUGUCUUCAGAUGGUUGUAGGAAGGUGACCUAGAAGAUAUUUUUUUUGGGUAAUGUUUUUCAGUUAUUCUGUUGAUUGUUUGGAGCAUGCGAUGCAAUACAAAUGUUCGUGUGAAAAUGCUCAUCUCAUCUCAUCUGUGAGAUGUGAGCUUCCUGUGCUGCUCAUGUAUCAGUUUCUCGAGGCUCAGCGGAGAUGAGCUGCUGUUUCUGAUGUCUGCCUUGAUGUUGUUUGAGUCAAGAAUCCUCUUGAUGAAGUUCUGUUUGCAACAGACUGAAUAUGAGGGGAGAUAAAAACGGUUUCAUGACUGCAGUGGUCACAGAUUGAGGUUUAUUUCAGAUGUAAGGACUUAAAAUAUAAGUAUUUGACUCAUUUAUUCCUGACUUUAUUUCUAAACAUGUAGCUUUUAGCAUCUCUACACAACUACAAGCAGUGUCUGACGUUAAAAAGGAUGUAACCAAGAGGAGGCUAAGAUUUUCCCUCGGCUGGUCUGUUCUGUAUUCAUGUAAAUUAAAGGAUAUUUGUGUGAAGUGGAGCAAUCAACACACAAUUUACACUCACACACCUGCUUUCCCUGAGGCCAGCUGUGGUGUAAAGACAGCUGGGUAGCUGAAAGGAAGCGUCAGUAUUUUAUUUUCAACUUAUCAAUCAAUCUGGUUUGCAUACACGGUAGACCUGUGCCUUUGAUAUCAGCUGCCAAUAACAAGACAGAUUCUUACAAUAGUGUUUGCAUAUCGUCUCAAGUGUCUAGAUACUGUGUGUGUAUGAUACAUUUAUGCAUUUGCAUAUUUAUCAACUUUUUAUCUUGUUUUUCAAGACAAGGCUGGCAACCAAUCAAAAAACACAAAAAACCCCAAGGAUAUGAGGGCAAUGCUUUGGGAUGUUAAUGCCAUAGUUAGCGUACAUGAAUGACAUUGUGCACAAAUAAAUCUCAGAUGUGUAAAAUGUGCAUUGCAUGUAUUGGACCGUAAUGGAACAAGGCCCAUGUAAAUGAUUAGUAUGUGAAUCCCUCUGGAGUGUUUCUGAGUCAUUACUCUGCUGGUCAUCUGAGGAUCCCUUGGCUUUUUCCCAGUGUGUGUAUGUGCGCAGUGCAGAGCACGUGCCUGCCAGUGGUGUGAGGGGGAUAAGAACUGAUAGCGCUAUAUAUAGAUGUAUAUGUAUGUGGAGGCUUAAGACUGAACUGUGCAGCAGAAUGGAGGCUUGCCGAGCAUACUAGCGAGGGUUACACAGGCUGGUCCAUGCACGCCAUCUAUUAUCUCUGGGUGUGUAUUCUAUCUUUGUGAGGAGCAAAUUAAGCUUUAAAUCCUCAGAGUUAGGUGUGUGUGUGUUUUUGAAUGUUAUUGGUGUAACUUGAGCAGCUAUAAAGGAAAGGGUGAGUUGGGUUGAAGAUUGUAACAGCUGACUGUGUGUGUGUAUUUGUGUGUGAAGGAUGGUGUCAGGCCCGGAGCUAUCAGACUCCAACACCAUCAUGGUUGCCCUGAGGUAUCAGGAUUGUUCUCUGCUACACAAGAGCCCUCUCGUUAUUCGUUAUAGUGUGUGAAUGUUCUGUGUAUACUGUCAUUGUGUGUCCCUUCUACCUUCAUUUUCAUCUAGUUCUUGAGUCCUCCACAUCUUCUGAGUUAACUUUCGCUCAACAUACCAAUCCUUUGGAACGCAGCAGGCAGAGGCAGGAGGAUACUACAGUACACUGUGUAGGGAGAGUAUGUAAAACCCAGCAUCAAACAAGAAAUAACUUUGCAUCAUGUGUGCAGCACCCCGAUGUGGGCACGCUGUUGGCUGCAAGCAAGCACAGCAGCACGCUUAACCCCAUUUACUCACUCUCACAGAACCUCUUGUCACGUUAUCUGUUGUGUAACAGAAAAAUGACAUACAACAUUGAAGAUAGGUGGUUCUAUGAAAAUAUAAUUCUUUGUUGACAGCCUGAAGUGAGUUUGGAUUUUGUUGUUGGUGAACAUCACUGUCAUUACUUUUAUUGUUCCACCUCUUUCUGACCCCCGGGCAGAAGGGUUUCUUUUGGUUGAUGAUAUUGCAUAAGGCAAAGAGUGCAGUGGGUUUGUUUCUAUCUCUUAGCUCAAACUAAAAUGUGUCUCAAAACAUUCUGGGCUUUCUGCUGAAACAACCUUUUUUAGUUUGGAGCCAAAUUCUGAAAAAAAACAGAUUUUAUUUUAUUUUUUGAUGACCUCUAGUCUUACAAUACUCCCAUUAUAUAAUGUGUACUACUAGCUUCAGGAUACUCAGUGUGGGUGACACUGGUGGUUCACCUUCCUCUAUUUUAAUAACUGCAGGAGUCGUACAUUCUGAUAAAACUGUCGUUUCAGCAGAAAGCACAGCGUUAAACCACUAAUGCAGUGGAGCGCUCACUGCAGGGAUGACAACAGUGCUGCAUCUGGUAUAUUAGUCGUGUCAGAUUACUUAUUCUGGAGCGUGAAAACAAGACAUCCAAUGAGAUUCUUCUAUCCAGCUGCAAUAUGUUUGUGGGUCUUGUUUUGGUUUGGAAAGAAUCAUCAGAUCUUGUAACUACUAUUAAGUUAAGCAAGCGUUGCAGCAAUAUAAAAAAAUAUAUAUGUAUGUGAACCUGCGCCACUGAUCAUUCUCUGAGUGGUAUUUUUCAUCCUCUGAUCCUCUGCUUCCUGUUAGACCCACAACAGCAGUCUGGCCUCUUGAGUUCAGGACAUGGGAUUUUCAGAAAGGUGGGCGUGGAGGAAGCAGAGCCGGAAGCGAGGGAGGAGAGAUGACUGCACCCAAUCCGCACGGAUGAACUGUAGAAUGAUGUUUUUGUCAGAGAAUCGUUACCUCUUGCACCAGAUUAAACUCUGACCACCUCACGAGGAUGGGGCGUUUAAGGGAUUGGUUGCAAAACUUUAUUGUGACAGGAUAUUCAGCUUGAAAUUCAAAGUGAUAAUCCCCUUUUCUUGUAUUAAGGGUAUUUUCUUAAUCCCUGCAUAUGUGUAAUUUGAUAUUAUAAUGCUCGGGGGAGAGGCAUGUGUUCCAAAUUCUCAUUGUAAGUGUUUUUUUAAAGGUGACAUCGUGAAUUAUGUAACUAUGUUUUGUUUGGCUGCCCUGCGCGUGUGUGUGUGCGUGUGUGUACUUGGCUGGCUGAGCAAUGACGUAUUUCUUCAUAACUUUAACUGGAGGCCAAAUGAUCCAAAUGCUUAGAAGAUCGUCAGCUGCCGUUUCAGUUUGUUAGGAGCAAGCUGCAUUCAAGAACCGACCCUGUUUCUAUGUGCAAUCAUCACAGUUUUGAGUGUGCACAUUUCACAAAUGAAAUAAGUAUGCAGCAGAUUAAGACUUUAUAUGCAAUUUCAUUCCUGGAUUCAAGUUUGUUGUCUGUUUAGUCUCAACAGUUGGUCUUUUCCUAUUCUUGUCCGUUUCAAUCUUCGCCUCUCACUCCCUCUGGCCAGCACGAAUUGUUGGCCUAUGAUGCAAUCCCUUAUCCCUGCUAGUUUAAGUUCCCCAGCCAAUCAGAGCGCGGCAGUCGGAUACCCAGCUCAUGCUUGAAAACAGGACUGACAGUAGGAGGGACUUUCAAUUGACUGUCCCUCCCCCUGUUGUCAUCCCAGUUCAGCCUUUUUUUCAGUGUGUUGUGGUGGAAAAGCAAAAAAGGCGACAGAAGGAAAAGGGAAAAGGAAGACUGGUCAGCAGGGCCGAGGGGAGAGACGAGGGAGGAAGUGGGUGUGCGUGUGUGAGUCAGGGAACACAGAGCUGCCAUGGAUGGUUUCUAAAUUGUUCUACUCCACGCUACUGACAGUUAACUUCUGUCAUUGUCCGUGGCUUUAAAUGUCCUCUGCCAUGGCAAAGCGUGAGGCUGGAAGCACCAGCCCUGUGGUGAGUCAGAUCGACAAGCAGUUUCUGGUCUGCAGCAUUUGUCUGGAUCACUACUCCAACCCCAAGGUCCUCCCCUGCCUGCACACCUUCUGUGAAAGUUGUCUCCAGAACUACAUUCCCCCAGAGUCCCUGACGCUCUCGUGUCCAGUGUGUCGGCAGACGUCCAUUCUGCCCGAGAAAGGAGUUUGUGCUCUACAGAACAACUUCUUCAUUACUAAUCUCAUGGAGGUCCUUCAACGAGACCCAGAGUGCUCACCGCCGGAGGCCUGCAGUGUCCUGGAGUCAGUCAGCGCUGCAGCUGCAGUGAAGCCCCUCUGCUGCCCAAACCACGAGGGAAAGGUGAUGGAGUUCUACUGCGAGUCGUGUGAGACGGCCAUGUGUCUGGACUGCACUGAGGGCGAGCACCGGGAGCAUGUGACUGUUCCGCUGCGGGACGUCGUGGAACAGCACAAGGCUGCUCUGAAGACACAGCUGGAUGCCAUACUGAGCAGGCUUCCUCAGCUAACAGCAUCCAUCGAGCUGGUGACGGAGAUCUCCCGCCAGCUGAAUGAAAGGAAGAAUGAGGCGGUAGCAGAGAUUACCAGCACGUUUGAGGAGCUGGAACGGGCGCUGCAUCAGCGCAAGACGUCCCUCAUCACAGACCUGGAGCUCAUCUGCAGCACCAAGCAAAAGGUCCUGCAGGCCCAGCUUUCAUCUCUCCUCCAGGGGAAGGAACACAUCCAGAGCAGUUGCAGCUUUACUGAGCGGGCUCUCAGCCAUGGGAGUGCUACUGAGGUGGGCUGGCAGGUGCUGCUAGUUCAGAAGCAGAUGAGCGAGCGGGUAACAGCGCUGGCCAGACAUGACUUCCCAGAGAGACCACAUCAGAAUGCACACCUGGAUUGUCAGGUGGAGACUGAAGGUCUGCGACGCUCCAUUCAGAACCUGGGAGUUCUCCUCACCACAGCCGCUGUGGCUCACACCUCGGUUGCCACAGGAGAGGGCCUCCGCCAUGCAGCAACUGGGCAGCACCACACAAUUACUGUGACGACAAAGGACAAAGAUGGCGAGUUGGUGCGGACAGGAAACGCUGUUUUAAAAGCAGAGAUAACGUCUGUCGACGGGAGCCGCAUUGCAGAGGCGGAUGUAGCGGACAAUAAGAACGGGACGUAUGAGGUUGGCUACACGUUACGCUCUGAGGGAGAGUACUCUUUCGCUCUGUUGCUGUACGGCCAGCCGAUACGUGGCAGCCCGUUCCGCCUGCGGGCGAUCAAGCCCUCAGAUGUGCCACAGUCUCCAGAUGACGUGAAGAGAAGGGUGAAGUCUCCCAGCGGGACAGGGGGCCACAUACGGCAGAAAGCAGUGCGUCGUCCUUCCAGCAUGUACAGCACCACCAAGAAAAAGGAGAACCCCAUUGAGGAUGAGCUCAUCUACAGAGUGGGUACCCGGGGCAGAGAAAAAGGAGAGUUCACAAAUCUGCAAGGAAUAUCAGCCUCUUGUAACGGCAGAGUGGUGGUGGCUGACAGCAACAAUCAAUGCAUACAGGUAUUCUCCAAUGAUGGACACUUUAAGAUGCGCUUUGGGGUCAGAGGUCGGUCUCCAGGACAGCUGCAGAGACCGACGGGCGUCACUGUGGACAUGAACGGUGACAUUGUGGUGGCCGACUAUGACAAUCGAUGGGUCAGCAUCUUCUCCUCUGAUGGCAAAUUUAAGAAUAAGAUCGGUGCAGGUCGGCUCAUGGGUCCUAAGGGUGUCGCUGUGGACAAGAAUGGACACAUCAUUGCUGUGGACAACAAGGCCUGCUGUGUCUUCAUCUUUCAAUCCAAUGGGAAGUUGGUGACUAAGUUUGGAGGCAGGGGGACGUCUGACAGACAGUUUGCAGAAAAACUUGGUCCAAACUUUAAUAAAUCUGGCUCAGUUUUCAGUCCGCACUUUGUCGCAGUGAACAACAAAAAUGAAAUUAUUGUGACCGAUUUUCACAAUCACUCUGUAAAGGUGUACAGUGCAGAUGGAGAGUUCUUGUUCAAAUUUGGCUCUCAUGGUGAAGGCAACGGCCAGUUCAAUGCUCCCACUGGUGUGGCUGUGGACGCCAACGGAAACAUCAUCGUAGCUGACUGGGGCAACAGCAGAAUACAGGUGUUUGACAGCACAGGCUCCUUCUUAUCUUACAUUAACACCUCAGCAGACCCGCUGUACGGACCCCAAGGCCUCGCCCUCACCUCAGAUGGACACGUGGCCGUGGCCGACUCCGGAAACCACUGCUUUAAAGUUUACAGAUAUCUGCAGUAGGCUGAGGGAAGACAUCGCAGACACAACCUUUGCUUUAGACAAGUUACAAUCACUUACUGCUUAUGGACAUCGAGCUGCAACGUGACUGCACAAUUCACAACGGCCCCAGGUUCCACAAAUGCAUCUCCUUUUUAUUGUGUCUGAACAUACUUUAGAAGAUCCAAUAUUCAGAGCUUAGGAGAAAGAAAUUGAAGAAAAAUGUUGACAUUGAAACAACCAAAACACCAAAAAUUCAAGUGUAAUUAAAAUGUAUUUUAAAGACAAAGUGAACUAGCUAUCCCAAAUAUUAUAGCAAGAAGUGAAAUUAAUUACCUCUUUGAGGAAAAACAAAUCUCAGCAGGCUAUCCUGGUGAUAUAAAGGUUUAUAAAGCAAAUAUUGAAAAAAAAUUUGAUGUAAAAUAUUUUAAUGAAAAAAAAUUUGAUCACUCUGCCUACUUUAAACUAAGGCGAAAAACUGAACUGGAAAUUAACUUCUGGAACAAGGUGUUUGACCGCACCAGUAGAUAGCGCACCAGUCUGAAGUUGGUGAUACACUGCAAUUUCUUUUGGGCAAUGCAGAUGGGCAACACUCCCGGCAACCAGCAAACAAACUGAGACACGGAUGGAAAAGUGCACGACCGGUUUUCUGAUUAUGCUUUGUGAUUGAAAUAACAAUGCUCAGGCCUUUCCUGGAACACCGUUGCAUGUCGGUGUGUGCUCUAAAAAACAAUGACCCUGUCAUCACUGCCUUCAAUUUGUCAUUAGUAAAUACAACACACGCAGACAGGAAUGUGUUGUUUAAACGGGAUUGUUUCUGAUUCUCCUUUUGCACUUUAUCACUCUGACACGAUCCUUGCUCAUGGAUGUAGAUUUUUGUUUUCUUUGAAGUCACAAGAUGAUUUUACCGAAAUCCAAGUUUUUGCUUUGUUACCCAAAGACAAGCAGCAAGAAGCACAACAGUUAAUAAACACAUGGUUUGUGAACACAGCAUCUAGUUAUUCUUCUACUGACAGAACAAACCUGUUGCAUCUGACCCCACUAGUUCUUGUACUUUUGUGUAUUCAUAUCUACAACCUAAUGUAGUUGUACAUACGGUAUUGCAUAUCCAUGUAAUUUCAAUAUAUAUCCUACUUAUUGCAGCACUUAAUGAAUCAACACUGGAUCAUAUAUUAACACAGUAGAAGGUCAUGCCACGUAGUAGCCAACUGAAUGACAUCAAUGGAACAAAGUUGUAUACACAUUAUUUGUUGUAUUUUUCUUUAUUUUCCAAAGGACUUAAUUUAUUUUUCUCUUUUCUUUUCUACAUAAUUUGCCCUAAAAAGUAUUUUUCUAAUUGGUGCAUUUCAACUGUCUUUGUAUUCAGGCCUUGUAACUUGUAGCACUGAAAGCCGCUCUCUCUCUCUUCUGCCUCUUCCCAGACCUCACAUCCAGUUAAACACUAACCUUUCCCGCUGCCAAAACGCAUCGUUGUAAGUUGUUGAACAUUGCACAAAUUACAAAUAUUAAAACAGUUCUAUAGUUUGCAAGAGUAAUAUAUGCCUAUAUGUGUAUAGUUAUCAUUUACUGUGACAUAAUCUGAUAGUUUACUGUACAUUACAAUCACCUUCUUAUCUUGGGUUUAGCCAGUACUUGUAUUCAUUUGCUUGGUUGUUCGGUGUUUUGAAGGUUUUCUGUGAGGAACACAACACCAGCUAAAAUCAGACAUUUUUUUAUUUUAUGAAUUAACUGUCUGUCCCCAAUAAUUGAUCAGUAAUCCAUUCGUUUCUUUCCAUCUGCAUUUCACAUUUAAAAAAUUUGACAUGCAUUUGAAAACUUAAUAAUCCAUAAAUCCAAUCCCUGUGUUCCUUUGGUUUUAUUUUUAUAUCUAUCUCAGCUGUCUCUGACCUACUCACAUCUGUGUGAAAUAAAGGAAGCACAUAUAUAAGAACCGGUACAUCGACCAUCUUGUGUAGCCUGCUGUAUACUACAAGAGGCCAGUUUUACAAUAAGUUAUCACUAUAUUUACGUAAUCAUGGCAAAGGUAAGACUGUAAAUAUUAAAGAAUUACACUAUGAACUGUUGUGUAAAUGCUCCGGUUUGUUGAAUAAGACUUCCUUUAUCGUGUACAUCUUUAUGACGGCUGUAACCGUACACACUAUGACAUGUUAAUGGCAUGUUGCACUACAACCUACAAUAUAAUCAAAUGUUUUAUGGCAACUACAUUUUUUAUGAAAUUUUAUGGCAAUAUAUACUAUAACUUUGUAUGACGUUUUUUACAAACUGUAUUAGGACAUUUUUUAUGACUACACGACAUUUUUAACAGUGAAAUAUGAUAAACUGCAUCAGGGGUGUCAAACCAGCCCGCCUUAGGGAACAAUUCAACCCACUGGAUGACUUCACAAAGUAUGAAAAUUGUCAUUAUUUCCAAUUAUACAAUAAAAUGGAUGGAAAACUGCCAAAAUCAGCAUCCUAAGAGACUUCUCUGUAACCAAAAUGAGUCAUAAAAGACUGACAUCCAGAAUAUGGUGCAUAAGGUCACACAGCCACUAUAAGUUGUGCUCAUUAUGCUGUUUUUUGUGUCCUCUAUUGAGGCAUACACCAAUUUGUCCCAACAGUGCGUAGAGCCAGUCACCCAGUGGUGCAACUUACAGAACAUAGUUUUGAUCAGUCUAAUGAAUAGACACUCAUGUUAAUGCAUUUGCAUCACAUUGUAAUUAUAUGGCCCUUUAUUAAAGCCACAUUACUGCACUACUGAGUCAUUACCAGAGCAGAGAGAACCGUUUUCCCACCUCCUUAAAUGUUCUGGCAGUAUGGAAUUUAAAUCGGCAACACCAAACCGUCAGGCGGGUAAAUGAGAAUGCUGGACCAGAAUAGCAAACAAAGAGCAACAGCCCUUUUGAGAAGCCUCUUACUCUAGGCAGCAGUGUGUUCCCUUGUUUCAUGACAAGUGUUUAGGAUGUAAACAAACAAAAAAGCCCUUAACAGGAACUUGCUGUUUGUUAUUCAGGUUUAAAAGUCAGAUCAUCCAACAGCCUGUGUAGCCACUAAACUCAGUGAAAGAAAGAAAUUAAAUAAGUUCAAUACGGUUAAGUGGCAAAAAAAAACCAAAACAGAAGACCGGUUGUCUUAAAGAUAGCACUGAGGUUCUUGAAGAGAAUGUAAUUCAAAGUGUUUUAAAUCUCAUUACUGGCUAACCAUAUUAAAAACAAUAACUAACGGAGCAGGUUUUGACAGAGCCACUGUGGGCAAAUAACUAACUGUCCAGCAAUCCCCUGUAACCCUAACUAAUUUGUUGUUUUGCUUUUAUCCCCCAUGUUUAAUGAAAAGAGGGGUAAUAACACAGAGCAGCGUGUACAGCAAGACAACGGCUUCAAAACGGGAAAUAGUUAUUUUUCCUCUUUUAGUCUCAAGUCUGAGAAACACUGAGCACAGUGAAAGGGCCACAGACUCCCAAGAUUUCCUUUAUGUCACACUCAAA